CCAGACAGCGAGAGCGGCCGCGAGCGCCGGAGCGACCCCGGGGCGAUGCCCGCCGCGGCGCCUCCCCCGCUGCACCCCCCCGCGGGCUCCUGCUGCCCCUACGCCCCCCACCCGGGACACCGAGGCUUGUUUGACCACACUUUAAACAGCAUAAGCUCAAGGAUAACACAAAGGAGACUACAAGGGACUUGUCCACCCAUCGGUCGUGGAAAUUUUGGAAAACCUUUCUUCGGUGCAAACAGUUAUAGUUCCCCAUUUUUAAACCCCCGGAAUGGUUUUCACACUAUCCAUUCAGAGAAUAGCCCUGUAAAGCCGAGGAUUGUUACAGUGGUGAAACCAAGUGGACACACACUCAGGAAGAUCACAUUGCUUCUGAACAGGCGAUCUGUCCAGACUUUUGAACAGCUGAUGGCUGAUAUAUCAGAAGCUCUGGGAUUUCCACGUUGGAAAAACGAUCGUGUGAGAAAACUUUACAACCUGAAAGGCAGAGAAAUAAGAAGUGUUUCUGAUUUCUUCAGAGAUGGUGAUGCAUUCAUUGCUACGGGAAGGGAGCAGCUGACUUUGAAGAACCUUGAAGUGGUAAUGCAAGAACUUUAUCCCAGUAGCCCAUAUGCUCUUGGUAUAAUUCAACAAAACUUGGAACAGUCCCAAAAACUUAAGAGCAGGCUGUGUGACAAAGCUGUGGAUAGUGGCUUUGAGACAGAGAUUGCCAAGAACGGCAAUGAUGCCAUAUCUUCCCAACUAGUAGCCAGGCAUGAAGGAAAAAUUCAACCUAAGACCAGGCAAGAAGAAAAGGUGAGGGCCAAAAAAAAAUGGAGCAGAGAGAGUUGGGGCAGAGAGCAAGAUGUGAAGCCAUCUAGAAAAGCCAGAGGAGAAAGGUACUUUAAUCAAGAGAAAAGUCUUGAGAAUGAAACAGAAAAGAGUUCAGAUGAGAUAAUAAGAUGUGAGAAGUGUCAAAAAGAGAGACAGCUCAGGCAAAAACUGCAAAGGGAAAGGCAGGCUGAUGUCUCAUUUGAGAGCAGAGACCUGAAUGUGGGAAUGAGUCAUAGAUAUAAUUUAGAAAGGAAUGUAAAAAUGAGGAAUUGUAGGAAGUCUUCAGAAAACUCCUUAGAAGGUGAGGAAGUUGAAUGGAAGGAUACUGGCUGUAGAAGGAGCUGGAAACCCUUACAAAGGAAUGUUAAUGAAGAGCUAGAAAACCAAAAAAGGAGUUUUGAGAAGGAAAGGGAUCCAGAAAGGCAUGAGAAUCAUGACAAAGAGUUAGUAAAGAUAAAGAAAAAUACUAUGGAAGCUCUGCAGGUGGUUCCUGAAGCAAAGAAAGAGAAUAGAAGCAGUUCCAGAAUUAAUCAAAGUUGUUGGUUAAUGAAGGACUGUCAAGGAGAUGCAGGGAAGCCUAUAAAAGGAAAGGGAGAGGGCAAAGAGGUGCGGAAGGCAAAAGAGGAAGGUGCUGGAGGGGAAGAGAAUGUAGUGCAUAGAGAGAAUGAAUUGACAAGGAUGAAAAAGAUGGGAGAACAUAAAGCUAACAAAGAUGAAAAAAAGCCACAAGAAUUUGAAAGCAUGAGUCUGAGGCGAAAUGUCCAUACUAGAGCUGAUGUGGAGAGCUAUUAUGAGAUAGGCAGAACCAUUGGGGAUGGGAACUUUGCUAUUGUGAAAGAGUGCCGGUGCUGCAACACCAAUGAGAACUAUGCCAUGAAAAUUGUUGAUAAGUCCAAGCUGAAGGGGAAGGAGGACAUGAUGGAAAAUGAAAUUUUGAUCAUUAAGAGCCUUUCUCAUCCCAACAUAGUGAGCUUGAUUGAGGUGUAUGAAACUGAGACUGAGAUCUACCUAAUCCUGGAGUAUGUCCCAGGAGGGGACCUAUUUGAUGCAAUCAUAGAGAGCAUAAAGUUCACUGAGCAUGAUGCUGCUCUCAUGAUAACUGAUCUGUGUGAGGCUCUGGUUUAUAUUCAUGGCAAGAACAUUGUCCACAGAGAUCUGAAACCAGAAAAUCUUCUGGUUCAGCAUAAUGCAGAUAAAUCUACUACGUUGAAACUAGCAGAUUUUGGCCUUGCAAAGAAGGUUACAAAACCCAUAUUUACUGUGUGUGGAACACCAACAUAUGUUGCCCCUGAAAUACUUGCAGAGAAGGGCUAUGGACUGGAAGUAGAUAUGUGGGCUACUGGUGUGAUACUCUAUAUUCUGCUGUGUGGCUUCCCUCCUUUCCGAAGUCAGGAGCGAGAUCAGGAAGAACUGUUUCAAAUCAUACAGCUGGGUCAUUAUGAAUUCCUUUCACCGUACUGGGACAGUAUUUCGGGUGCAGCGAAAGAUCUGAUAACCAGGCUAUUGGUGAUAGAUCCUCAAAAGCGCUACAUGGCUCAACAAGUUCUUCAGCAUCCCUGGAUCAGAACAGCUGGAAAAACCAACAGCAGAAACCUGCAGAGGGAAGUGACAAUAAAUAUCGAGCGCCACUUUCGGAGCCAGCGCAGGAAGGGAGUUGUAGAUGAUGAUACAUGACACCCUUUCUUGUUAAUUUAGUCGUCUUUGUUUUUUCCUUUCCUAAAUGAAUUGUUGUUAUUAUUGCUUGUUGUUAUUGUUACUUGACCUUUUUUAGAUUUUGAGAAUCUGGGGAAAUACUGGAUUUCCAGGGCCUGGUCCGGCUCCCACUGAAGUGACUGAGUCUUUCACUGACUUCAGUGGGCACUGGAUAGGUCUACAGGUAUCCUUUUUUUUUAAAACACGGAACUGGGCCUUUAUGUUACAAAAUGUUUCUCUUUUAUAGAUUAAAAAUAUUUGCUUUUGCAGUUAACAUCAGUAAUAAUUACAGAGUGUUUUCUGUACUUAUUUUGUAUGGAAGCUGCCAAAAGUUUUGUGUUUAUGGCACCUUUUUAUGGUAAUACGUAUAUGUAUGUGCACACCCUGCACUUAACUCUAGACUGAGCCUUUAUACCAGUUACUGCUAGUGACAGAAAUGAUAAGUAAACAAAAUAUAAAGGAAUAUAUCCUUUAGGUAUAGGUUACAUUAAAUAUGAUGCAAGCUACUUGUAUUCAGUAUAAAUAGUGGUGAGUUGAUUCAGGUAGAGAAAAAUUUGAACCCCUCUUCUUACAGCAGUGGGGUACUAUAUUAUAAGGUCAACUCAAACCUCUGUGGUUUGUCUUAUCAUAUAAACACCUAAGUAUGUAUGAGGGAAUAAAAAUCCUUGUAGUCUUACUCACAAAAUUAGUUACCCAAUUAGCUAUAUUAUUGUAUUAGGUAUUAGGAAACAUCCUUCCUUGGUCAUUCUCAGAGACAAAGCAGUAGAGUGGACCAUUGGUCUCUUAUGGUAUGCAAUUCCUAUGUUUCUACAUUGGUUCUUGAGAGAGAGGAAGGAUGUCAUGGCUGGUAAUUUUUCAUGGCAGCUUUGCAAGACUGUUGUAACAUUUUGCUAUAUGCUGCUGAGGAGUCUCUCUUUCCCUUCUCUGGGAACAAAAAGUCCGGGAAGAUGAGCAAUUUCUGUGGGAAUUCUGGCUCUCUUUUAUGAGGUGGAGUGUGGAGAACAGUUACUCAGUGUUUUUUCAAGAUCAGAUUUCUCCUCUCAGAUUCAUGCUGGUGGAUCCAGGAUUCUCAUGUGCUUCAGGAGGGGGAAAAGUUGUGGGACUCUUUUAAACUCUCCUUAGCCCCUUCCCUGAUCGUUUUCCUCCUCUCAGCGUGGUGGCUGCUUAAUCAUCUUCUGGUGUCUGUUGCUGCCUUCCUUCCUCUUGCCACCUUCCCCUGGCUUGUGCCCCCCUUCCCUGGUGUUUUACUUGGUUAGUCUAUAAGUAUGAAUAAUGGGAUGAAAUUAAAUAAAAACUAAACUCAGGAAAAUAGUUGCUAUUAUUCUAUGGGAAAGUCUCCCAAGGUGAGUGGAAAAAUCUUCAUUUCGUGAGUUAUUUAAAACUGAACUGGAUAAAGUGAAAAAAAAAAAUUCUGUCAGGAAAAAUUUAGUCCAGGGAAUGAGUCUGACCUAAUAUAUGUUUUGUAUCCCUGGGUUAUUUGUUAUCCAACCAAAAUCAACAAGCACAUUUGUUGUCUGUUUCUGGUAAAAUUGUCCAACAGCUCACAGUUAACAAUAUCGACAUUUAAAAUGUUUAUUAAUAUUAGCUUUGAGUUAAUAGCUCAUUGAUAUGAAGGAGGCAAACUCAGAGCUAUUGUUUCAGUAUUUUUGUCUGUAGAUACAGUAAAACAAUGUUGUAUUGUUUCAUAAUUAGAAGGAUAUUUUAGUAACCAUAAGGACUAGAAUAUUUUUUUAAGCUGAAAGUUUAAAUUGAUGGGACUGCUCAGAAAAUGAAAGGUGUUGCAUCACGUGUCCAUUCUAACAAAGCGUUCUGCAGCAAGACUAAAAUGUCAGAGUUGAAAUCUGGUAAGUGGCCAGAGAGAAGAAUUGCACCUUAGAUACUUAUGAUCAAGUUGAACUGGCUUAUGUUUAAUACUUACUGAAUUAAAGGUUGCUGUGGAAUUCAACUACUAACCAGAACUCUCAGACCUUUAAACUAUGCCAGUAAUUAUAUUUAAUUGAUAUACUGUACAUUUGUGUCUAGGCUCUGAUUAAGGAAAGCAUCUCUUUUUGGGAAAGAAGUAAAGCAUGGGCUCAAGUGCUUUCCUGAACACGGAUGGGUUUAAGCAUGUGUAAGUGCCUUCCUGAGUCAGGCCCAUAAAGAGCCCCAGUAUUCCGGAGGCCUUGUGUGAUAAUUAUGUGUAAGUAAUAAUUUUCCUUCUGUAAACUUAUUAAUUCUUUGACAGGAAGCUAUUGGAAAACACAACUUCUAACUUGCAAUAUCAAAUAUUGCAAUUAUCUUAAUUUACUUGAUAUUUUAAUAUAAGAAUAAGCUUGAAGUAACAUUUUUAGGUGCAGUGAAUCUGCCAGUCUGGAUUUCAGACUACUGGGUUGUCUGAUCACCUUUAAGAAAUUGUGUGUAACAGCUUUAUGGUACUGAAGAGGCAGGACGCACUAGUGAUUAAUAUAAAAGAGAUUCUUAUUUCUGCUGCUACAAGGACAGGUUCUUUUCAUUUUCUCUGGCUCUGUAGAUACCAGACUGACGAAACACAGCCUAUACUGCCUAAUGUCAUUGCAAGGUCUCCUUCAGUCCUGGCUCUGGACUAUGCAGUUAUCGAAGGGAAUGCUAAUACACUACGAAGGAAGGAAGCAAGCACUAUGAAGAGUUUUACCAUUGCACAGGACGAAAGGAGACGCUCGGCCAUGGAUUCCAAUUAUAUGCCUCAAUUGAGAUGUUUAGGAAGCAUCGUGGUGCUCCUCGGGGCUUUCACCUUGUCCUUUCCCUUUCCUCUUAGCUAUUCUCUUCUUUUCUUUUCUUCCCCUGCUUCCAGGGCCCAGUCUCUGCAGCUCUACACUUGCCAGUUCUGUGGAUUCAGAGGCCUAGAGCGGUCUAAUCCAAGAGUUUGAAGCAAUGACUCUGCAGGGAGCCAGAAAGUUUCGCUUGCCCAGUACCACCAAGGAUCCCCUGCUCAUGCUGACAUUUAACAAGUGGAGGAGGAUUAAGCUAGCAAAGGCAGGCAAUCUGUGAAAGCCCCUCAGUCUUGAGGGCUCGCAACCCUCCCCCCAUCUAAUACUGUCUCUUCUCAAGCACUCCCCUUCCUAUUCCAAGACCUUCCAAUCCAGAACCAGUCUUUAUGGUGCAUAGAUUCCAAAUGUUCUUCUAUUUGGACAUGUUCAUUGGAGGGAGCUUUUCCCCACUUGCAUGUCUUUUUUUUUUUUUUCGACCUUUCCCCCCCCACCAUUCAGCAAUUUCCUCCAAUCACCCCUUCUCCCUCCUUUGGUUCCCUGAGAUUGAGUCACCUUUCCCUUAAAUUGUGAGCCAGUUUCUUUGCCUCAGCAAAGCAAAGCAAAAAAACCUAAACCAACCAAACAAAAAACAAUCAAACCCCAAACCACACAGGAAAAUAGCCAAAAGCCAUAGAAGACUAAAACCUGCAUUGAGAUCUCAUUCUCACUUUUCCUCUUCAUCCUCCUGAGAGAGUGAAAUUUCUUUUUCCUUCUUGUCUUCCUCUGCUCAUACUCCCAGACUAUUCUAUUAGAAUAAAUAUUAAAACUAAUUACCAGUGUCCUUAUGAUUCUGAAUACUGAAUAG